AUGGUGUGUGUUCAGGAGACUAGGUGGGUUGCAUCGAGGGCAAAAGACGCGGAUGGGUAUAAGUUGUGGUACUCUGGAGUCCCAAGGGUUAAUGGAGUGGGUAUCUUGGUAGAUAGGCAUCUUAGAGAGUCUGUGGUAGAGGUUAGGCAGGUGAAUAAUAGAUUAAUGAUUAUUAAGUUGGUGGUUGGUGAGUGUACUUUAAAUGUUGUUAGCGCGUACGCGCCGCAAGCAGGGUUGGAUGAGGAGAUUAAAAGGCAUUUUUGGGAAGGGUUUGAUGAGAUUGUGCGUAAUAUUCCACCCGCCGAAAGGUUAUUCAUAGGCGGAGAUUUCAAUGGUCAUUUUGGGUUAGCUGCAGGUGGAUAUACUGAGGUGCAUGGCGGCUUCGGUUUCGGGGAAAGGAACGGAGGGGCACUUCGCUGUUGGACUUCGCCAAGGCAUUUGAGUUGGUGA